AUGAUAACAAACAUGGUGAUAAAAACGAACGACUCUGGAUACUUUCGCAUCCUGGGGAAUGUAAGGAACUACCCCACGAAGCCCGUCUUCAGGAUCGAGGAUAUUUUCCCCUUCUGUGCCUGGAUCAGCUUCCAGUGGGAGCGAAACUUCAAGCCAUUCGGAUUCAUCAAGCUCGUACAUGGCAAAUACCUGGCGUGCCCCCUCAUCGUGUUUCUGUACCUCCUCAUGUGCAAGUAUGGCCCUACCAGAAUGAAAAACAGAAAGGAAUUCGAUCUGCGGAGAGUGAUCAUCCUUUGGAACAUCAUCCUCUCCCUUUUCAACCUUAUCGUCGUGGUGAAGCUAACCCCAGUUCUCCUCUAUAUUAUUUUCAAAUAUACCUUCACGGGCUUGCUCAUCAUCCCACCUAUAUAUACCUACGCCUUUGGCACCCCAGGUUUGUGGGUCUGUGUCUUUAUUCUGUCAAAGUUCGUAGAGCUAGCAGACACACUAUUCCUAAUUUUGCGAAAAAAAAAAGUAACUCUCUUACACUGGUUCCAUCACUCAACCGUCUUGCUCUACACGUGGCAUACCUACCAUGAUGAAGUCCCAGCAGGAUUUAUUUUCAUCAUCAUCAAUGCAUUUGUACAUACCGUUAUGUACAGCUACUAUGCAAUGAGCACGGUGUUUAAGAAGCCCUUAUGUUGGAACAUACUUGUUACCUUGUUGCAGAUUUUCCAGAUGGUCCUCGGGAUCCUCCUCACACUCUACUGUCUCUACAUAACGCAUACAUACAAAUUCAAUACCUACUGGGAUCUCCGUUCUGUUCGAAAAAUUCAACAAAAAUUCUCCUUCGAUUAUGGACACUACGUAUCCAGAACUAAUGUUGCUUAUGCCGUCCUCAUGUACUUGUCGUACUUGUUACUCUUUGGUAAGUACUUCUACGACCGUUACAUACGCGCGCCAACCAAGCAAGUCGGGAAGGAGAAGCCGACCUGA